GGCUGGAGCCCGGCUAAGCCUGAAGCAGCUGUGGGGAGGGUCCCAGCUGAUAGAGGGAGCUGGUAAAGCCCCCGCCUCCCCCCCCUUUGCGGGUUAGCUGCGUGCACACAGUUAGGGGGGCGCAGCCCUGAGUGCUGGACAGCGGGGGAGAGGGGCUCUGCUCUAGCUUGAGAUCCUGUCCUCUAGCCUUUGAAGGGAGCACCCGGUGUGGAGGGGAGAAGGAGACCUCUGGUCUUAUGGACCAGGGCUGCUCCCUGCAAGCCUCCAGCCCCCAGUGAAGUGUGCCCCCAGUACACGUCCCCAGGCUUGGCUGUGGCCCUAGGUCACCAUGGAGGUGCUGGAAAGUGGGGAUCAGAGCCUGUUCCGCUUGGACCGCAAGCUGAGCGAGCUGUCAGAGCCUGCAGACUCCGAAGUCCUGCUGUACAACACGCACUUCACAGAGUUCCUGGAUGAGUUUUCACAGGAUGUCCUAGGCCACCUUUUGAAUGACCCCUUCUUGUCUGAGAAAAAUGAGAUGAUGGAGGUGGAGCUCUCCCCGGCUUCCCCAGCUCCUCUCAUCCAGGCAGAACACAGUUACUCCUUGUGUGGAGACUCUCGCCCCCAGUCACCCCUGACCCAUGUAUCAACUGAUGACAACUUCAAUGAAGCUGAUCUGGAAAAUGAGGAAUGGUGUCUGAGUGCAGAGUUGACUUCAUCAUCCAUAAAGACCGAACCGAUAUUGUGUGAGGCCUCAGGCCUUACGCCUUCAGUCAGCCUCAAUGUCAUACCUGUGUCGCUGGAAGGUGAAGAUGACCAGACAGAUGACACGAGUAAACCAUUGAGCCAGAAAGUUCUUCCAGAGAUUAAGCUGGAGCCACAUGAAGUGGAUCAAUUCCUGAACCUCUCUUCUAAGGAAGCAGUGAAUUUGCACUUGCCUCCAACCCCUCCCAGUAGCCAUGGCAGUGACUCUGAGGGUGGGCAGAGUCCAACCAGAUCCCUUCCUCCAUCAAGCCCAAUCCAACUACAGGGCACAGCUAAAGUGACCUCACGUGCGGCUUCAUCCCUCUCCAAUUCCCCCCUCCUGACAGCACCACAUAAACUUCAGGGGACAGGUCCAUUGAUUUUGACAGAGGAGGAGAAGAGGACUCUGAUAGCAGAGGGGUAUCCCAUCCCUACAAAGCUACCCUUGACAAAAGCAGAGGAAAAAGCACUGAAGAAAAUCCGCAGGAAAAUAAAAAACAAGAUUUCUGCCCAGGAAAGUAGAAGAAAGAAGAAAGAAUACAUGGACAGUCUGGAAAAAAAGGUUGAGUCCUGUUCCAAUGAAAACAGUGAGUUGCGUAAGAAAGUGGAAGUCCUAGAGAACACAAACAGGACACUCCUGCAGCAGUUGCAGAGACUUCAAGCCAUGGUUGCUGGCAAAGUGUCUCGAUCUUGUAAAGUAGCCAGCACACAGACAGGGACCUGUCUCAUGGUGGUGGUGCUGUGUUUUGCAGUCAUUUUUGGCAGCUUCUCUCAGAGUUAUGGACCUUAUCCCUCUGCCACAAAGAUGGUGCUGCCAAGCCAGCAUUCCACUCCAGAGUCAUACACAGCCUCCAUUGUACGAUCAAGGAGUCUGCUAAUUUACGAAGAGCCCCACCAGUUGGAGGAGCAUUCCAAUCCAGUUCCUGCAGCAGAUCACAGCAGUGUCUGGGACAGGCACACAGAUGCUUCCAAGUACACGGCGGUGUCACUGGAAUCGGUGCCAGGGACACAGCAAGAUGAAAUCAUGCAGUUCACAAUAGCCAACGAAACGAGAUUAGAGAAAUCAGUGCUGCUGGGGCUUCAGCAGCACAGGGUCAGUUCAGAACUUGAGGCAAAUGAAACACUGAAAAUAAUUGAAAUUGACAGAAGAGUCAAUGCCACCUCUUAAAAGAGGCCUUUUCCCCUGCUUCCUGCCCCAUCUUUCCAACCAAAGUACCCCGACUUGUCACCCUCAGUGAACCAAAGGGCAAAAGAGAGGCAGUCUGCUGACUUAUGAACUGGCUGGAGACACUGCAACUUCAGUCAGCAACCAUUGUCCUUAUUCCUCUGCUUCUCCCCUCUCUUCCCCUCCCCAACACCACACACAUCUGUUUUUGCUUUUAUUCCUCUCCCUGACUAAGAACACAAGGGGAAGGACUGGAUUGUAAGGGCAGCUGGUGUUAACAAUGUACAGGUGUUUGGUUUGUGUGUGCGCUAGUCCAGGGGGUGAAGAUAUUGAAUAGGGGAGUAGAACAAGUGUAACCUACAGGCACCUGUGGGUGGUAGGUCACUUGGGAGAAGGAAGAUGAGAGAAAUAAGUGGGCAUAAGAUGACACUGCUCUGAAUUUGGCUGCAGCUCUGUGCCCACCGGUCAGUAGCACUUGAGCUUUAUGGGGGAGAAGGAGCAGAGAGAUGCCACAGUCCCCAUCUGAAGGCAGGAAAUAUUGAUGCUUUUGACUUAAAAGCACAGACAGGAAAAGCUGGUAUGUUGGUCAUGUGAAUUUCCAUGCCUUUUUCCUGUUCUCCCUCUCCCCUGUAUCACUUGGUAGAUAAAGUUUCUCUACUGGUGCCAUCCUUUUGAAGGAUCCAAGUAACGAUCAGUUAGUUCCUGUACCUUUUCUGCCCCUGACUACAUGAAAGAAUUGCACCACUUUAACACAGUUGUUUGAGAGAGUGAUCUGUGCAACCCCUUCAUGUGGAUGCUUUGAAGUCUGUUUAAGACUAGCAUAUUUUUAUCAGUUUGCCUCACUUGAUGGAAGCUGAAUUGCUGUGACGCUCUCUUAAAAUGAGACAUGAUGGAGUUGCAAAGAUUUAAGUAAAUUGUUUUUUAAAUGCAUUAAGAUGCACCAAUUACAUUUUCUCAUGUAGGCAAAGCCUCAAAUUGCUCCAUGUUCUUCCUGUUCCCCUAUCUUCCCAGUACUGUUGUAAAUAGUAUUUAUUAGCUUUCCAACACUUUCUCUGGCAGCCAGGCUGAAGAGAGCCAAGCUCCACAACCUCUAUGAAUGCCUUUGAACAUAAGAAUGCAAAAUUACUGCUGUUGUUGUUUUCUUGAAAUAAUGAUUAGAAAGUACUGAGACUCCAUUUUUCCUCCUUCCCUUCUGUGGGGGUGCAUGGACAUACAGCAGCCAGGUAGAGUAAAGACCAGGGUCAGAACAGGCCUAUUGUGGUAGGCACAAUGCAACCCGUAAUGUGUGACAGACCUUGUCCUGAAUAGCUUAGUCUAUGUAGACAAGACAGGAAAAGGAGGGGGCAGAAAUGGAGGGGAAGUGACUGGCCCAAAGUCAGUGGCAGCUGCAGCAAUAGCAGUCAAAUCUCCUGACUCCCAGUCUCGUGCCUUUUCACUCGACUAUCUUGAUUCUAAAGCAACUAUAUUGUUCCCUUUAACGUGCACUGCCUAGACUGGUCAACCCUCUCUCAACACUGGUUUUGCUUUUGUUUGGGGUUUCCUUUUCACCCUCAUUCAUCCUUUCAGAAACAGCCAGCUCUCCCAGUGAUUGCUGCUGGGGUUUACUUUACACAGACAUGCCAAAUUGUGGAUUUGGUCUAGAGCUCCAAAUGGAACGGGUUAUUUUGGCUACUUCGCAGUUGACCAACAAGAUAUAACUAAAAACAUUAAAAACAAAACAACCUCCACCCCUACCCUUUUCCAGUAUGAAUAAGGGAAACCUAGACUAGCUUUUUUUUACUGUGUAUGGUAAAUAUUUCUAAUAUGUAACAUUUUUCCAGAAAACCCCCCCUUUUUUUUUGUAUUAUAGCUGCAAUGCUGCCUCCUUUGCAUUUCUUAGGGUUUUUGUCCUCUCUUUGCUAUCCUAUAUUUUCCCUAUGGGCCCGAUCCAAAGCCCAUUAAAGUUAAAGGAAAGAAUCCUGUUGACUUGGGCUCCAUCUGAGUCCCCAGUGGGCCAUGUUUCAAACUGGUGAGUAUGCAACAUACAUCCUAGCUCCGUUGCUAGAUAUUGGGAUUUGUAUAUGCAGUUGAUGCAUAAAGCUUUCUCAGUUAAACCCCAGUUUUAUCUGUACAGGUGCCUUUCUUCACUUUGGUGUUAACAAGACACAAAUACUGUUGUAAUCAACUACUAAGUAGGUUCUGUCUGAUCAUUGUUGGUCAGUGUUGCUUCUGAGGCAUAUCUGCUUUUUUUUAUUAAGGGGUAAGCCAUGAUCAUUCAGUUGGGCUUUCUAGGUAGCUCUAGUAUCCACAAGCAAUCAAUGCACAGCUGUCCUUUCUGGAACUGUGGUUUAAGGUACCAGCAUUAAAAGGAGAGAAGAAAUAGUAGUGUAAAUGGGGGCAUGAAUGAGACCCAAAUGGUGGCUGAAUUUUGACCACCUGAGGUCAGCAAAGUGAAGGAAAAAAACCCUUGUCAGAGACUGACUGCAUUGGAUGUAGGACACCCAAGGACAACUGGGAAGGCAUGAGUCAGUCAUUUGAGAAUUCACAGAGGAUCUGGUUUCCGGAGCCCUGUUCCUGCCCCAGCUCUUCUUGGCUUUGAGUGAAAAUAUGACUGCUUAGUAUUUUGGCAAACCAGGCCCUAAAUUCUUGAUUCUUUGGGAUUAUUUUACAAAUCUGUUUCUCUUAUGAAAUGUGGAACAGCAGGUGGAGGCUGAUUUGUCUAAUCUCUCUUGUGCCCAUUACUCUACUUAAUGAACAAGUGGGUUAGCUGCCAUUAAAGGGAUGCUGCUAACAGUUUAUCUAUCUAUCUAUCUGAAUUCAUUCUUGUUUUUAAAAACACUUAUGACUAUUAAGACAAUUUCACAAAACCUUGUGUUCUAAUCAUCGUUAAAGCUGUUUGUUUCCUCUUUGCAGUUCUCUCAGAUUGGGCAUACUAAUCUAAUUUUGAGGGGUGUGACAUCUUUAUUUGAUAUUGGCCUCUGUCUGAGUUGGGCUACAGGAUUAGAUUGCCUGAUCUGUCAGGGAAGUGCUUGCAUUCCUAUGACUAUGAAGUAGCAGUUCUCUUUCCAUACCCUCUGCAUCUCAACCUUGCCUACUGUAAAGUCCCAUGCCCCAAACAUACCCCUCUUCCCCAUAGACAGUUGAACCCAUACCCUGUAUCCAGUAUGGGGACAAAAGUGAGAAAACGCAUUCCACAGCUUUGUUGUUGGCUCAAUGAUUCGUGAGUGACCUCUCUGAAUUCUGGUUCAGUGUAACAGCUCAUUAAUAGGAAUUCUUUACACGCUGGGUUUGGUAUGCAGUAAGAAGGAAGAUCCAGGAUGUAGGUAGCUUUAAGAACUUGGCUGUAUUGCAUGCUAUCUGAUCUCUCUGCCAAUAUACAUUAUAGCAAUUGAUAGUCUUUUGGGUGAAAUUACUCCCCCUCCCCCCCUACCCACCCCUGCACAAGAUGAGCUGAAGUCUUAUACAGCAUGUAAAUCUCUACAGACUGUUUAAGUCUCUAUGGACUGCUUAAGUUUUGCUUCAACCCAGAGGACCUAAGUGGUCCCCACUGGCUUACGCUGUUUUAUAUAGCUCUUGUGUUGACUCAGAGCUGGCUACAUGGAACCUCUGUAUUGAACCAGAUUUUUAUACACCAAUAAACUUAGCUUUUCUCUUAUUGCUUUCAAAUGUUUCCAGAGCUGUCACAUCUUUAAAUCUAGGUAGUCAAGCUAUGAAGGAAUGUAGGGCAUUACUAUAUAUAUAAAAUGGAAAUAAGCACAAUAAUGGAAAUAAGCACAAAGCAUGUGACUGUUCCAGUCCUAUUACUAAUAUGUAGAUAGUAGGAGGUUUUUUGCUAUUUAUAAUUCUCUGCUAUAAGAUUUACUUUCACCCAUAUUUUUUUUAUCAUACAGGCUAUGCUAAGAUUUUACAUGCUAUCAGAUAGCAUAGCAUAGCUUUUGUGUACAUCAUUGACACAUGGCUCUGAUUUGCUGAUGCUGGGUAUCUGGGCCUGUAUCUUUUAUCUGCACAAAUUAUUAGCAUACUACAAGCCUUUUCUUAAUUUUUCUAUUAUAAAGCUGGAAUUCAUUUAAGAUUAAAAUUUACUCCUUCCUCCUCAGCCCUUCCUUUUUAUGAUAACUCAUAUAAAAACUGACUUUUAGCCAUGGACGUUGUCUAGACACAUUUAGAAUGUAGGUCAAGAAAAUGAGUAAUAUUAAUUUUGCUACAUCAAGAGGGAUCUCCACAGAGUAUUUGGGCUCCAGAUUUUAGCUAGUGCCAAGAGGCCAUAAUAUAUAAUCCAUGCAUUUAUGGACAAAAGUAUAUUUAGUAUUUUUACACUUUGUGACUUAAAUGUUUCAUUCUCAAGCCAUUAAUUGGAAAGGGAAUGUUUUGACUUUUGAAGGUGAAGUGGUAGGUCAGUGCUUUGACUGGAAGAAGACUGUAUAUUUCAGAAGUGCUACUUUAUAUUUGUUUAAUUAGAAUGUCACUUCCAUAGAAUUUUAGCUUUGCGUUGAAGUCUAUUUACUAUCCAGAUGUUGAAGACAAAUGACUAUUAGGAUUGUAGGGAUACACUGGCCACACACAGUUGUAUGUCUGUAUGUUGAUCAAUACUACAUAAGGAUUCAGUCAGUAGACCAAAAUAACACAGUUUUCUAACUACUGAUAAAAACUAAAAUCCAACAGAUACACAAUGGCCAUUCAGACUGAGAUUGUGGAUGAGAUCCAGGUUAAUGUUGCCUUGAUUUAGUGAAAAUUCCAGAAG